AUGCUUUUCCGCAAUCGCUUUUUGCUGCUGCUGGCCCUGGCUGCGCUACUGGCCUUCCUGAGCCUCAGCCUGCAGUUCUUUCACCUGAUCCCCGUGUCAGCUAAGAAUGGAGUGGGUAGCAAGAGUCGAAAGAGAAUCAUGCCGGACCCGGUGACAGAGCCCCCCGUGAUGGACCCCGUCUACGAAGCUCUCCUGUAUUGCAACAUUCCGAGCGUGGCCGAGCGCAGCAUGGAAGGUCAUGCCCCGCAUCACUUUAAACUAGUCUCUGUGCACGUGUUCAUCCGCCACGGGGACAGGUACCCGCUGUAUGCCAUUCCCAAGACCAAGCGCCCUGAAAUCGACUGCACUCUGGUGGCCAACAGAAAACCAUCUCAUCCUAAACUGGAAGCUUUUGUCAGUCACAUGUCAAAAGGGUCUGGAGCCUCCUUCGAAAGCCCCCUGCAUUCCCUGCCUCUCUACCCUAAUCACCCCCUGUGUGAGAUGGGAGAGCUCACGCAGACAGGCAUCGUGCAGCAUUUGCAGAAUGGCCAGCUGCUGAGGGACAUCUAUCAGAAGAAACAUAAACUCCUGCCGAGUGACUGGUCCACAGAGCACCUUUACUUAGAGACCACAGGGAAGAGCCGAACUCUGCAGAGCGGGCUGGCCUUGCUCUAUGGCUUUCUCCCUGAUUUUGACUGGAAGAAGGUCUAUUUCAGGCACCAGCCAAGUGCUCUCUUCUGCUCCGGAAACUGCUACUGCCCGGUGAGAAACCAGUACCUGGAAAAAGAGCAGCGUCGACAGUACCUCUUGCGUCUAAAAAACAGCCAGCUGGAGAAGACCUAUGGGGAGAUGGCCAAGGUGGUGGACGUCCCCACCAAGCAGCUCCGAGCCUCCAACCCCAUAGACUCCAUGCUCUGUCACUUCUGCCACAACGUCAGCUUCCCUUGUACUAGAAACGGCUGCAUUGACAUGGAGCACUUUAAGGUUAUCAAGACACACCAGAUAGAGGACGAGAAAGAGAGGAGGGAGAAGAAACUGUAUCUUGGGUACGCGCUCCUGGGCGCCCACCCUAUCCUGAAUCAGACCAUCGGCCGGAUGCAACGAGCUGCGGAAGGCAGGAGGGAAGAGAUCUUCACCCUCUACUCUGCCCAUGAUGUCACUCUGUCUCCAGUUCUUAGUGCCCUGGGCCUGACGGAAGCCAGAUUUCCCAGGUUUGUGGCCAGAUUGAUCUUUGAGCUCUGGCAAGACAGAGAGAAACCCGGUGAGCAUUCUGUCCGGAUUCUUUACAAUGGUGUUGACGUCACGUUCCACACCACUUUCUGCCAGGAGCACCACAAACUUUCUCACAGGCCAAUGUGCCCCUUCGAAAACUUGGUCCACUUUGUCAAAAGGGACAUGUUUAUGGCCCUGGGGAGCAGUAGUACUAAGUAUCAUGAUGUGUGUCACAGAGAAGGCUUCUGA